CUGCGUGUUGCCUUCGACGGCGAUGCCGUCCUCUUCUCCAAUGAGUCGGAGCGAGUUUUCAAACGUGGACUACAAGCAUUCUUGGAGCAUGAGGAGGAAAAGGUUAAAGAUCCAAUGAAUCAGGGGCUGUUCAAAACCUUCUUGGAAGUUUUGGAAAGACUGAAGAAGAAGUUGAAGGAUCCGAACGACCCGUACAAAAAAUGUCCCAUUCGCACCUACCUGGUGACAUCCCGUGAUGGAGGCUGUGGCGGGUACAGGGCCUUUAACACUCUACGCAUGUGGGGUCUGAGGGUGGAUGAGGCUGUCUUUUUGGGAGGGAGUAAGAAAGGUCCCACCCUGGAGAAGAUCAGGCCCCACAUCUUCUUUGAUGACCAGCAGAGUCACGUUGAAGCUGCAUUGAAGGUUGGCACCGUGGCAUGUCAUGUGCCCAUCAGCUCAGAGUAACCAAGAGAGAAUCAACAGCUGAUUAUAUUGUAGCUGACAGAGAGAUGUGAACGACAUGCUCCUAUAAUUUCUGAAAGAAGUAAUAAAUAAACAAAUACAAUAAACCUG